ACAAAGAAAUAAGAAAAGCUUACAUUCAUAUAGCCAUGGCAGCAGCUUCCUAUUACAGCCCCAUGAUGGUUGCCCUCUCUCUGCUUCUUCUGUUGGUCUCAUUCUCGAGUGUAGCUCAGGCUUAUACGCGCAGCGGAACACUUGGGCCUUCAGAUUGUAAACCGAAGUGCACAUACCGUUGCUCGGCAACUUCACACAAGAAGCCAUGCAUGUUUUUCUGUCAGAAGUGUUGUGCCAAAUGCCUAUGCGUUCCUCCUGGUACAUACGGCAACAAGCAACUUUGCCCUUGUUACAACUCCUGGAAGACCAAGGAAGGACGACCCAAAUGCCCUUAAACCCAUCAUACCUUCUUUCGCAGAUUCUACUUUCUGUUCCUACAAUAUAUAUAUAUUUAUAUGUAUAACUCUAUAGUUUUAACUCUCUCUUCAGGGUUGAGGGACUCAACGAGAUCUUCACUUUGAUUCUCUUCA